AUGUCGCGCACGUUCGUCGGCACUGCGCGCCCGCACCGCGCGCGCGACGGCCGGGACGAAGGCGCGACGUCGACGACGCGAUCGGGGAUCCAUUUCGCGCGCGAGGGCGUCGGGAAUCGCGCGAGGGCGCGCGCGAGACGGAUGCCGAUGCGGGUGACGCAUUCAAAUUCAAAAUGUAAAAAAUCACGCGCGUCGACGGCGACGGCCGCGACGCGCGCGCGACGGGACGGGCCGGCGACGACGCGCGGGGCGUUGGCGCUUCGCGUGAGUGGGAUGUUCGGGGCGAACGCCGCGGACGGCGGGCGUGGGAAGGGGUCUUCGACGCGACGCGGCGGCGCCGAGGACGACGCCGAGACGAAGCGGACGACGCGACGCGCUGGGCGAGACGACGCGACGGCGACGCGCGGGGGCGGUCGUGGAACGAUAUCGACGUCGCGGCGAGCGGGAGGGGGGGUGACAUCGAGUCGAGUGACGUCGAGCGUGGGCGCGGCGCGCGGCGGGCGGGCGGGACGGGCGACGGCGGAAGCGGCGACGGCGACGACGGCGACGGCGAGCGCGGCGGGGGUGGAGAUGACGCCCGUGGAGCGCGCGAGUGCGGAGGGUGAUGGACGGGUGAUUCGGAUCACCGCCCCGGCGUCGGUGCGACGGGCGCUCUUGAGAGAUUACGAGGACUCGCGCGGGACGGAUCCGCGCCCGUACGAGCGCCCGCGCGCGACCGUGCGGGAGAUAUUCAGGGCGUUUUUACAGGAACAGAGGACGACGACGGAUUCUCGCGGGAAGCCGUUGAGCGCGGCGAGCGUCGCGCGCGCCGAAAAGACGUGCGCCGGGCUCGAGCGCGCGUUCGACGACGCCCUCGAGCGCGCGCUCCUGUACAAGGACGAGUGGCACCAACGGUCUCCUCUACCCCCGAGCGAGACCUACGGCGCCGUGCACCUCCUGCGCAUGCUCGUCAAGCUCCCCGCCAUAUUUCCACCCGAAUCCUUCGCCGACGUCAAGUCCGCGACGAUUCUCCAAUCCAAGGCGAACGAGCUCGUGCGCUUUGUCUGCGCCAAGGCGAGCGACUUCGGCGUCGCCGACGCGUUCGCCUCCAACGCCCCGAUUCGCCCCCCGAGCACCCCCGACAACGUGGACGAACCACCAUCGCGAGUUUAA